AUGAACUGCUACGAAUUUUCAAAAGAAUGUCUCUAUGAGGUCAUCAUAGUGGGCGGAGGGACCUGUAGUCUUGCGGCUGCGGCAAGACUAUGUGAAGAUCAUCCAGGGUCUAUUUACACCGAAGAUGAACACCAACGGUUCCAUUGGUUGAGCCAGCGUGGUAAUAGGGUGAACUUGAUCAAUCGGAACGUAUCCUCCAAGACAAAGUACAAGCCAAUGAACCAAUACAAGCCCAAGAGACGGUACUCUCCAGAAGAGAUUUUGGUUUUGGAUGCCGUCAGUGACAAUUGGUUGGGUCAAUGGGACCGUCAAUUUGCAGCCUGUAAGAUUCCAUAUCUCCGGUCGCCCAUGUUUUUCCAUCCCGACCCCGCUAAUGUAGAUGGGAUGGUGAGCUAUGCACAUUUACAAAAAAGAGAAGGCCCAAAGGAUCUCAUGGAAAUUGUCAAUGUUGUGGGGAAAGAAUACUCCAAGCAUCAACAAAAGAAACAACGUCAGAAAACCAAAAGGCUGAGGCAAACACCCAUCCCUAAUGGAUCGGCUACUUCUCAUGACAUUGGCGGACUCACGGAUGUCAAUAUGAGAGAUUGGAAAGAUUAUUACCGACCUUCAACUCCAUUUUUCCGAGACUUUUGUCAAGACAUUGUUGAUCGGUACAAUCUCCAUGACGUGGUGAAGAAAGACCUGGUGGUUAGUGUUGAAUAUUGUCUUCUUAACAUCAUCGAAACCAACGAGUCUGGGAAGGGGUUUGUCGUCAAGACUGCCAGUGGACAGGUUUAUUGUUGCAAGAGUUGUAUAGUGUCCAGUGGACAUUCUGGAGAGAUCAACUACCCCAUUGAGAAUUUGAAUGUAAACCCCACCAACUUGGAAGGAAGUUGCCAUACUACACACAUUUUUCUGGGAGAAGUUUCGCAACACCCACACCCACGAGUCGUUUCCAAAGUGGCAAGGGGGAAACCCACAAAACUAGUGGUUAUUGGCGGGGGGUUAACCUCAGCACAACUAGUUGAAGUUGCCCUUCAAAGCGGAGUGGAGAAAUGUUAUCUCAUGUUAAGAGGUCCACUAAGGAUCAAGCAUUUUGAUUUCCAUCUUGAAUGGGUAACAAAGUAUAAAAACGUCAAGAAGUCCUCCUUCUAUAUGCUUGACACAGACGAGGAACGGUACCAGAUGAUCCAGGACGCUCGACAAGGAGGUUCUGUGAACCCGGAGUACUAUAAAAAAUUGAUGAAACAUGUGAAAAAUGGACGGUUAGAAAUCUUGAGGUAUUCCAAACUUGAGGAGCUGAAAUGGGACCCAUUGAAGAAGACUUGGGACUUGGACGUGUCGGUCCGAGCAAGUAAGAAUAAUAUUGAGUUGUUCGACGAGAACGGGUGUUCUAUGCUGUCCAUUGUUCUGCUCAACGACGUUGAUUACGUUUAUUGUGCCACGGGGAUCUGUCCAAACUUGCAUAAAUUGAAGUUUCUUUCCCCCAUCUUACAAGCUAAUCCAAUUAAAAUCAUCCAAGGGUUGCCUGUCUUGACGGACAACUUGCAAUGGGAUGAAGAGAUCCCGCUCUUUAUGACUGGGAAGAAUGCUCUGUUGAAAAUGGGGCCGGCACUGGCGAAUUUGGACGGUGCUCGUUUGGGAGCGGAGAGAAUAGGGUGGUGUUUACAGGAGAUGAGGUCUCUGGGAGCAUUUGAAUGGGAACAAGCACCGGGCGAGUGUACCAUCAAUGACUGUCCAGUCUGUGAUGAUGAGAGUGAGAGUUUGGACGAAGGCAGUUUGUUGAGUGGAACCAGUGUUGAUACUGAAGAUACAGUUCUUUCGUCGUUUGACACCAGACUUAAGCUAGCCGGUGGUGAAUUGAACUGGUACUCUCUUCUUGAUGUUGAAUAG